AUGCCGAUUUCGUACGCGGCGUGCAUUAUUUUGCGCAUUGUCAACGCGGUGCAGUCCGAUCCGUACUUCCAACAACGUGCGAAUGCACUUGGCAGAUCCGGCUUCACACCAUUGCAUAAAUGCACGGUUGCUAUUCGUAUGCUAGCAAAUGGAGGUGCAGCUGACCAGUACGACGAGUAUCUACGGGUUGCGAAGUCUACCUUAUUGGAGUGCAUGUGUAGAUUCUGUCGAGUCAUCAACCAACUCUUCGGCGUGGAAUACUUAAGGAGGCCGACCCCCGCCGACUGCCAAAGGCUUGUAGCAAUGCACGAGGAGAAGCACGGCUUCCCGGGAAUGCUAGAAAAGUCCUACACAUCCAACGCGAAGAGUAAGAGAUUGAAGGUGAUACAGGAACCAGCUCGCAAGGAUAUCGAACGGGCUGUCGGCGUGCUUCAAGCUCGUUGGGCAAUCAUCAAAGGACCACCACGUCUUUGGAGCAAGGAGGAGUUGAGCGACAUCAUGUUCACGUGCAUCCAUUUGCACAAUAUGAUCAUCCAAGACGAAGGCGAGCACGCAACGGAAUGGGAAGAAGAGGGCAAUGACGAAGCUUCGAGUAGCUCAGCCGCAGCUCGUCCUUGUACCGGUGCUCCACCGGAGUUUCGCGCAUAUGUAGCACGACAAGCAUCUAUGCGAGACGCAGAGGUGCAUGCUCGCCUCACUUGGGAUUUGAAGGAGCACAUUUGGUCUCGUUUUGGUCCGAUUAAGCCCUAA